AUGUUUCACCUAAUUAAGAAAGACAAGGAGAAGGAAAAGGAUUUGGGAAAGAUUCAGAAGAAAGACAAGAAAGAGAAGAAAGAGCGGAUGUCCCAAGCAGAAUUAAAGAGUCUGGAAGAGAUGAGCAUACGAAGAGGCUUCUUCAACCUCAAUCGAGGUAGCACAAAGAGAGAAUCUAGGAGCAAGCUGGAGAUCUCUAGUCCUAUCCCAAUAAAGGUACCUAGCAACAUGGAGCUCAGCCUGACAAACAUGGAGGCUGAGCGUCUCCUCAACUGCAAUACGCAGGAACAGGAUGUGGGGCAAUUAGGUACAAGUGCUUCUGGUGAGGAAAUAAAGGGACAUUACCAGGACCUUCAUCGCACCUCUGUAAAAGAGAGAGCAGCCAAGUUUGGAGAAUUGGCCAAGUCCAAUUCUUUGAUAAUCCAGAAGCAUGUCUCUUUUUCCCAGAUGAUCAAAGAGGAAAAUGCUUCUGGUGCUUCUGGUUUUUCUGGGCAGAAUUCGGAAACAUUGUCUUUAAGGCCACAACAUCUUCCUCAAGGAAACAACCCACAAAGCGUCAACAUGUUUCACAUUCCGGAGUUGGUGGAAAAGACCUUCCCUGGCGCAGACUUACAGUUGCCUAUGCUUUCUGCUUCACCAAUGCCAGACUCACGAGAACUGGUGUUACAGAGGCGCAACACGGGGGAUUUUGGCUUCUCUUUGCGGAGGACCACCAUGCUUGACAGGCAGCCUGAUGGAGGAGUGUGUCGACGUGUGGUACACUUUGCAGAACCAGGUGCUGGUACCAAAGAUUGGGCUCUGGGCUUGGUGCCGGGAGACAGGCUAGUGGAAAUCAAUGGGAACAAUGUGGAGAACAAGAGCAGGGAUGAGAUCGUGGAGAUGAUCCGUCAAUCUGGGGAUUCAGUCCGGCUAAAGGUGCAGCCGAUUUUGGAGCUGACUGAGUUGAACCGCAGCUGGCUGAGGACCACGCAAUGCCUGCACAAAGAGUCCUUUGACACCAAACAAUGGGACGCCGAAGGAGACAACGGCCCAAACGCCACCACGGCCCAUGGCCAUAUGUCUGAUGUAGAUAGUAUUCAGCCUCAGGCAGUCACUAAACCUGGGAUAGAUACAGAAAGUGAUCCACAGCCAACUGUAUCAUCAGCUGAGGAGUCCAACAUGGGUGGUCCAGAUGCUCCAGGAGAGGAGAAGAGCGGUAAGAAGGUGGUGAGGGUUGUGAGGAGAGUUAUCAGACGUGUGGUUCCUGCUGGUGUGGAACAGCAGAACCAGCCGGCUGUUGCUGAGGCUGCCAUAUCUGCCGCUGCAGCAGACUCUGCACUCAAAACGGCUAAGCCUGCUGGGGAGGAGAAGGAUGAUAUCUCCAAGGGUCUGACCAGUCUAAUGGGCAGAAGUAGAACCAAGGAGCACCGGCCUCGCACCCGCACCCAGGACCGCAAAGAGGACAUGAAAGAAGAGGUGAAACAGGAAGAGGUGAAAGUAGAGGUGCAGAAAGAGGAGGAGAAACAUACUGUGGAAAAAACAGAGGCUACCACGUCCACAUCUGUACCCGCUGCUACACCACCAAGCCUGGCACCACCAAAGUCCAACCACCUCACCCCACCAGCUGGAUUCAUCCCUGCUCCCAAAUCUGACCCUUUGGCCCCACCUGCUGGUUUCAUUCCGGCUCCCAAACCUGACCCUUUGGCCCCGCCUGCUGGUUUCAUCCCUGCCCCCAGACAAAAUCUGUUGUCUCCUCCACCUGGCUUCAUCCCUGCCAGAAAAUCCAGUCCACUGCCCCUAAAACAGAAUCCUCUGGCAAGACCAGCAGGUUUCAUCCCCAUCACAAAGACAGACCCUCUGGCUCCUCCUGCAGGGUUCAUCCCAAAGCCUCGCACAUUUGCUGUAAAGAAACCAGAGACACCUUGUCCACCUGUGGUUCUCAAUGGUAAGCCGUCCCCCGUUGCACUGCCCCAGGCUCCUCCUGCAUCUAAUGAACAGGCCCCAGAGCUGAUUCCCACUGAGGAAGAUCACAAGCGUGUGAAGAGGAUUUUCACCAUCGGUGACAAUAAUUCCAAAGUUGUUGAAGACCCUGUGGCCUUCCUUCAGGCAGCACACUCUGCAGCUAAGGGGAAGACUGAAGAGCAGAUAGCAGCAGAGAGAGACUGGUACAACACCGAAAAAGUAUGGCUUGUUCACAAGGAUGGAUUUUCCUUGGCAACUCUCCUGAAGACAGAGGCAGGCAGUCUGCCAGAGGGGAAGGUGAAAAUCCGCCUGGAGAGUGAUGGAUCUUUAUUGGAUGUGGAUGAAGAUGAUGUAGAGAAGGCAAACCCCCCGAUGUUUGAGCGAGUGGAGGACCUGGCCUCUCUCCAGUAUUUGAACGAGUCGAGCGUGAUGCACUCCCUGCGGCAACGGUAUGGCGGUAACCUGGUGCACACCCACGCUGGGCCCAACAUGGUGGUCAUUAACCCCAUUAGCACCCCCUCCAUGUACUCUGAGAAGGUGAUGCAAAUGUUUAAGGGCUGCAAAAGGGAGGACACUGCCCCUCACAUUUACAACAUGGCCCAGUCUGCUUAUAGGAACCUCCUGACCACUCGUCAGGAUCAGUCCAUUGUCCUGCUGGGCAAGAGUGGUAGCGGCAAGACUACAAGCUGUCAACACAUCAUCCAAUACUUGGUCUGCAUUGCUGGCAGCACCAACAAAACCUUCUCCGCAGAGAAAUGGCAGGCUGUCUACACAGUUUUGGAAGCAUUUGGGAAUGCCUCCACCUGUAUGAAUGGAAAUGCUAGUCGCUUCUCCCAUAUUGUUUCCUUGGAUUUUGACCAGGCGGGCCUGGUGACCUCAGCCUCUAUCCAGACCAUGCUUCUGGAGAAGAUGAGGGUGACUAGAAGACCAGAAGGAGAAUCUACGUUUAAUAUUUUUUACUACCUAAUGGCUGGAGUAGAAACCGCUCUUAGAACUGAGCUGCACCUCAACCACUUUGCUGAAAACAAUGUGUUUGGAAUCAUGCCUCAUAAUAAGUCGGAGGAUAAGCAGCGGGCCGCUCAGCAGUUUUCCAAGCUGCAGGCAGCCAUGAAGGUUCUGGGGAUCAGUUCUGAUGAGCAGAGGGCCUUCUGGCUUGUCCUCGGGGCCAUCUACCAUCUUGGCUCUGCAGGAGCUACUAAGGCUGGCAGGAAACAAUUUGCACGUCAUGAGUGGGCCCAGAAGGCAGCCUACCUGCUGGGCUGCACCCUGGAGGAGCUCUCCUCCUCCAUCUUCAAGCACCAGGCCAAGGGCACCCUGCCCAGAGCCAGCACCAUCCGCCAGGCUUCUGACGAAAAUGGCACAGCAGAUGCAGGAUCCAAGGCUACAGCCAUAGAGUGUUUAGAGGCCAUGGCAUCUGCACUUUAUUCUGAACUCUUCACUGUCCUCAUUUCUUUAAUAAACCGGGCCUUGAAAUCCAGCCAGAACUCCUUGUGCUCUCUACUCAUUGUGGACACACCGGGAUUUCAAAACCCCAGGCUGGCUAAGCGCGAAUGCGGUGCAACAUUUGAGGACCUAUGCCACAACUACACUCAAGAACGUCUGCAGACCCUCUUCUACCAGCGUACUUUUGUUCAGGAGUUGGAGAGAUACAAGGAGGAGAACAUAGAGCUUGUGUUAGAUGACACAGAGCCCAGCACAUCUCUGUCUAUAGCAGUGGUAGACCAAGCCUCAAGCCAAGCACUGGUACGCACAGUACGAACAGAUGAAGCGCGAGGCAUGUUGUGGCUGAUGGAGGAGGAGGCGCUUCAGCCAGAGGCAUCAGAGGCAAAACUUUUGGGACGUCUCUUUAGCUACUAUGGACCUGCAGAGGGCGAGAGUAAAGGUCACACUUUCCUCUUGAAAAGUGAAAAGGAGAAUCAUUUCCUGCUGGGCCACAGUCACGGGACUGACUGGGUGGAGUACGAUGCCCGUGGAUGGCUGAACUACGCCAAGCAAAAUCCUGCCUCCAAUAACGCUAUGACCCUCCUGCAGGACUCGCAGAAGAAGAUCAUUAGCUCAAUGUUCAUGGGCCGAGCGGGCGGAGCCACCGUGCUAUCCGGUUCCAUAGCAGGUCUUGAAGCUGGUUCCCAGCUCUCCCUGCGACGGGCUACCAGCAUGAGGAAGACAUUCACCUCAGGGGUGGCUGCUAUCAAGAAGAAGUCUGUGUACAUCCAGAUAAAGCUUCAAGUGGAUGCUCUCCUUGACAUGGUGCGGAGGUCCAGGAUUCACUUUGUUCACUGCAUAUUGCCCAAGGCAGAUGCCCUCAAGGCUCUGAACGGAUCCCUGUUCAAAGGUGGGGAAUGUGAGGCUCAGGGGGAGAGUGGAGAUCCUGGCUUAAUGCAGCUAGAUGUAGCCUUGCUCCGUGCACAGCUGCGUGGCUCCAAGCUGCUGGAUUCUCUCCGGAUCUACAGGCAAGGUUACCCCGAUCACAUGGUGUUCUCUGAGUUUCGACGGCGUUUCGAUGUGCUGGCACCGCACCUCACCAAGAAGCAUGGGAGGAAUUACAUAGUGAAGGACGAGAAGAGAGCUGUGGAGGAGUUACUGGAGUCCUUGGAUUUGGAGAAGAGCAGCUACCACAUGGGGCUGAGCAGGUUGUUCUUCAGAGCUGGUACCUUGGCUAAGCUGGAGGAACAGAGGGAUGAGCAGACCAAGCGUAAUCUAAGUCUAUUCCAAGCUGCCUGUAGAGGAUACCUGGCACGGCAAGCCUUCAAGAAGAGAAAGAUUCAAGAUUUAGCAAUCCGUUGCAUCCAGAAAAACAUCACGAAGAACCGUGGAGUGAAGGACUGGCCAUGGUGGAAGGUCUUCACCACAGUCCAGCCCCUCAUUAAGGUCCAGCUCACUGAGGAGCAGAUGCGAGGCAAAGACGAGGAAAUACAGCAGCAGAAAUUGAAGCUGGAGAAGGUGGAGAAAGAGAGAAAUGAGCUGAGACUGAACACGGAUCGAUUGGAGAGCAGGAUUUCAGACUUGUUAGCAGAGCUGGCUGAUGAGAGAAGCACCAGUGAGUCAGCAUCCCAGUUGCUGGAGACUGAGACUUCAGAGAGACUACGUCUGGAGAGGGACAUGAAGGAUCUACAGGCUAAGCUUGAUGCUGUUAAGAAGCAAUUAGAAUCACAGGAGAUGGAGGUGAUGGAAGCUCGGCUCAUGAAAACAUCAGAGCUCAACGGGGAUGUGGACGAUGAUGAUGAUGAUGCUGGAGGUGAGUGGCGGAUAAAGUACAACCGAGCCAUUCGUGAAAUGGAGUUCACCAAAAAGAAACUCCAGCAGGAGUUUGACGACAAACUGGAGACGGAGCAGCAGAGCAAACGACAUCUUGAGAGAAGGAUGGCUGAUUUGCAGACGGAUAAUGAGGAUGUGCAGCGCUCUGUGCAGCAGCUGAAAAAGAAGUGCCAGAAACUGGCGGCGGAGCUACAGGACACCAAGCUUCACCUGGAGGGCUUACAUAGCCGCAACCACGACCUGGAGAAGAAACAGAGGAAAUUUGACCUGGAGCAGAAAGAGUUUCAGACUGAGGUACAAAGAGAAAGGAUCCAAAGGGAGAAGCUGGCUCGAGAGAGAGACGCCAUGACUGGUGAGAUGUUUAACCUCCGCCAGCAGCUGCAGGACAAGGACACUGAAUUGUGCUCAGUGAAUGUGAAGGUGCAGCAGCUGGAGACAGAGCUACAGGAUCUGUCCUCCCAGGAGUCGAAGGAUGAAGCCUCACUGGCCAAGAUCAAGAAACAGCUUCGUGACCUGGAGGCCAAGGUGAAAGACCAGGAGGAAGAGCUGGAUGAACAGGCUGGAACCAUCCAAGUACUGGAACAGGCUAAGCUGCGGCUGGAAAUGGAGAUGGAAAAGCAGCGACAGACCCACUCUAAAGAUAUUGAGAGCAAGGAUGAAGAGGUAGACGAGAUUAGGCGGUCCUGCAGUAAGAAGCUGAAACAGAUGGAGGUACAGCUGGAGGAGGAGUAUGAAGACAAGCAGAAAGUGUUGCGUGAGAGAAGAGAGCUGGAGUCCAAACUGCUGAACGCACAGGACCAGGUAAGCCACAGGGAUGUGGAAACAGAGAAGAGGCUGAAGAAGGACCUGAAGAGAACCAAAGUCCUUCUGGCUGAUGCACAGAUUAUGCUGGACCACCUGAAGAGUAACGCUCCGAGCAAGAGGGAGAUCGCACAACUAAAAAAUCAACUGGAGGAGUCCGAGUUCACUUGCUCAGCAGCAGUAAAGGUUCGAAAGAGCAUGGAAAUUGAAAUAGAGGACUUGCACAUCCAAAUGGAGGACGUGGUCAAAUCUAAGAUCUCGUUGGAGGAGCAGGUCAGCCGUCUGCAGAGAGAGAAGAAUGACCUGCAGUCCCGUAUGGAAGAAGAUCAGGAAGACAUGAAUGAGCUGAUGAAGAAACACAAGGCGGCAGUCGCCCAGUCUGCCAGGGACUUGAGCCAGAUCAGUGACCUGCAGGCCCAGCUGGAAGAGGCCACAAAGGAGAAGCAGGAAAUCCAAGAAAAGAUUCAUUCCCUGCAGAGCCAACUAGAGUUUCAGGAGCAGUCCAUGGUGGAAAAGUCUCUCGUGAGCCGUCAAGAGGCCAAGAUCCGUGAGCUGGAGACCAAGCUGGAGUAUGAGAAGACACAGAUAAAACGCUUGGAGAGCCUGGUGGGUCGUCUGAAGGAGAACCUUGAAAAGAUGACAGAGGAGAGAAACCAAUGCAUUGCUGCAGAAAACAGAGAGAAAGACCAGAAUAAGCGAAUGCAGAGGCAGAUCCGGGACAUCAAGGAAGAAAUGGGCGAGCUGUCCAAAAAGGAGGCCGAGGCGAGCCGGAAGAAGCACGAGCUGGAAAUGGACAUAGAGAGCUUAGAGGCGGCAAAUCAAAGCUUACAAGUGGACCUUAAGCUGGCCUUCAAGAGGAUAGGUGACCUGCAGGCUGCUAUCGAGGAUGAGAUGGAGAGUGAUGACAAUGAUGACCUAGUUAACAGUUUGCAAGACAUGGUGACAAAAUAUCAGAAAAGAAAGAACAAAACCGGAGAUGAAACAGAAACAGAUUCAGAGGUGGAGGACCGUGUGGAUGAAGUUAAGUCUUGGCUUUCAAAGAACAAAGGCUCUACCAAGACCCUGUCAGAUGAGGGGAGUCUAAAGAGCACCAGAUAUUCAGCAAACGCAGACGUCAAAGAGGUGAAGGAAGGUAAGGAGAAGAUAACUGACGGAGGUAAAGAAGGGAAAGAGGUAGAGCAGAACAGAUCAGUGUCUGUCAUGAGUUCCUUGAGCUACAGGAAGCGUUCAAACCUGAAAGACUCCAUAGGGGGUAGAGGCGAUGAAAGCUCCCUGUUCAGCACUCUCAAAGAACAGCCUGACACACCAGACCACACCUCCAUUCGCAAAGCCAAGUCUAAGUCUGGAGAUCUUCAGGAGGAUUGGAAGAAGAGCCAGGCACAGGAAGACUUAGAUGACAAAGGCUCUGUCAUCUCCCUGGCCUAUUCUGAGGCCACCAGCAGAGCUAGGAAGGGCUUGGAGUCCCGUUGGACCUCUAGAGGCAGCCCUGAAUUUGAUAAGGACUCUGUGGUAUCCUCUGUGGCUGGCAGCAGGAUGUCCACCCGAAGAGGGAUGGUGGAUAUGGAUGAUGACAAUAAGUCUACUAUCAGCAGCGUGAGUCGCUUUAGCCCCCGAUCCCUGCAUCGCAGCGCUUCUUGGAAAGACGAGAGACGCAGUAGCUCUCGCUUGUCUCUUGCCCGCAGCUGUGGCCUCAGUGAAUUUGGCCUGCAUUUAGAUAAUGUUGAUGAUGAUGAUGCCCGGAGUGUGGCCUCUAGUGAAGGAGGACUUUCAUCUUUCAGUCCCCGCUCCCUCAGUCGCAGCUUUUCCAACCCGCCCCAACCACGCUCCUCAGACGGCAACCUGCCAGAUACAUCUGACGUCAAGACUGUCUCCCACCGCAACUACUUGGACCCUGAUUUGGAGGCUGCCAUCAACGAAGUGCUGGCCUUCAAACCUAUUAAGUUCAAGCGCAGCAAACUUGAUGAAUCCAGUGGUGAAGAAGAGGAUGAUAAGAAGGGGCCAGGGAGCGAAGACAGUAGAAAGAAAGGAGACGACCAGGGGCUUGGUUGCAGCACAUCUAGCCUGGGUCGCUCUGCAUCAGGGUCUGCUUUGGACUAUGGAAAUCGGCCGUCCAGCAUGAUGAGUACCAGCAGCUCCCGCAGUCGCAAAGAUAAAAAAAGUAAAAUCUCUCAUUCGGACGACUCCUCCUCUGAUGAUCGCCACAGCAGAAAGAGCUCAAGGCGGAAGAAGGGCAAAAAGUCCAAGAAGAGAUCUAAGAAGAAGCAAAGUGAGUCAGAGGAUUCCUCUUCCUCUUCAGAGUCGUCAUCAUCCUCCUCCUCCUCCUCCUCCUCUUCCUCCUCUUCCUCCUCUUCCUCUGGCUCCACCAUCUCAUAUCGCAGCUCCAGCAGUGUUAAAAGGGGCCCAAAACAACCAUCUGAUGACGGAGAGUCUGCAGGCGCAUCUGGCAAGAAGGAAACCAAGAAGAAGCAGAAGAAGAUGGAUAGCACGGUGAUGAAGUACCUCUACAGGCCUGACAGUGACUGAUACCAAAAGAUGAAGCCCUCCUGUGCACCGGAGACACCUGAGUCUUGGC